CAAUUUCUCUUCAAAUCAAAUUUAAAAAGAGUUGCUGUUUAGUUUUCCGCUAUUUCGAAUAAAUUAUUCAAUAAUUUAUUUAAAAAACUGUUCUAUAAUAGAUAGCCAAAAUGCUUUCUAAGGAAUAUCUCGAUAGCUGGAAUGAAUUGUGUGCUGAAUGUAAAAUGGUUGAAUCGCAUUUGGCGAAUCCUACGAAAGAGUGGCUUACUAAAGUGCUUGUAAGCUAUUUAAGGAUGUUUGGAUACCGUGUUGAAACUCCAUGUUCUGAAGAAGGUUCACGUGAGAAGAGGAUAUUCUUGAUAAAAUUAGUACGAUACAUCGACCAUAUUUAUAAAAUCAGUGAUAAAUCAUUUACAUUCACAUAUUAUGACUUGCUGAAGCCAACUACCAAAAAGACAUCACAUAUGUUGGGGAUUCUACUGAACUAUCUUUAUUAUAUGAAUAUGUUUAAAACAAAUGUCUUUAAAAUGGCUAUGGAUAGAUUAGCCGAACGGCAGGAAUUGGUGGACCAGAUUAAGUACACCAUUGAAGAAAAUCGUAAAAGGCACAAUAAGGCAGAGAAGAUGCACGAAGAGUUAGCAUAUCUUUCGAAUCAAAUUCCACUGCAAAAAAAUCUAUUAAAAUCGGUUAAUUCUGAAUUAAAUAAACGCGAAGGAGAGUUGCAACAAAUUAGCUGUGGCAUAAAAGACUUAACAACAAAAGUUGAUGAACUCAAAGGUCAAAUACGUAAUCUCAAACGUCUUAUCGUGCCUGAAGACGAAGGACUGGAAUUACAAAAACAACUGGUUAAAAUCCAAGAAAAUAUUGCUGUUUACGAAAGUCAGACACGAAAUGCCGAAAACAAUCUGAAAACCCACAUUUCAGAUAACAACAGAUUGCAGGAGAUACUAAAACAAGUUGAGACUGCUAAAGAGAUAUUAACGUCAGAUUUUGUAGACGGUUUUAACAACGCAUUAAAGAGUAAUUUAAAUGCUGAAACAAAAGUUGCAAGUUGUGAAAAGGAAAUGGCGCAACUAACGCAAACCAACAUUCAACACCAAAAAACUUUGGAAAGCUUGCAAGAAAAAACAAAAAUCGAACAACAACAAUAUGAUGAGGAGAAGCAAAAACGUCACAUGUCAAUAAUGGCCAAAAAUAAGGAAUGUGAUGUACUAGCCGCUAAGGCGGACAAAAUAAAAACUGAGGUAGGGGCUGUGGAAAAUUCUAUAAAUGAACAACAAGAUAUAUAUUCAUUUAUACAACAUAACAUUGACAUAUUAAUGGAAAAGUACAAAUGAAUAUAUUUUAAAAGCAUGUUUACUGCUUUUGAAUUAAUAAUUAUUUACGUAAGAUAGAUUAUUUUUAUUACUUUAUAAGAGAUGUUACAAAUAAAUUUGCAUAUUAUUAUAAACCUAA